AUUGAAACCAACCCUAAGCUCAUUUUAUCUCCGCUCCAAAGAUUAUACAUAUAUAUUGAAAACUUCAUUCACAUUUUUAUAAAGGAAAAGAAUGAGUUUUAUGUCUUAGGAAUUGGCUUGGGGUAGCUAGCUGGGAUCACAAUUGGUAUCAGAGCAGGGUGCCUCCAGAGGAAGAUAAGGUCAGAAAAAUUCUUCGCUCCUUCCCAAAAUCCUGGAGUUCAAUCAAGACGACAAUAGAAGAAGCUCAUGAUUUAAGUACCAUGACUGUUGAGAUGCUACAAGGGAAGCUUCUUACACAUGAAAUGGCCAUGAAAAAUGAUGAAAGUGAUGAUGAUUCUUGGAAGAAGAAAUCUGUAGCUUUCAAAAGCUCCUCCAAAGAUGAAAGUGACAGUGAUGAAGAGGAUGAUGAAGAAUUUAUAGUGCUUGCUCGAAAGUUUAAAAGUUUCCUAAGGAAAGACAAGCUGAAGAAUCAAGGACAACAAAAGAAAUAUUACAAAAGCAGUAAAGGAAAGGGAGAGAGCAGUAAAAAGGAUGAGACUAUUUGCUACAAAUGCAAGAAGGCUAGACAUAUUAAAUCUGAGUGUCCAAACAAUGAUGAAAAAAGUCUAAAAGCCAAAAAGAAAAAGAAGGCAAUGGUUGCCACAUGGAGCUGCAGUGAGGACUCAUCUUCUAGUAAAGAAGUAAGUGACAUGGAGGCUCAUAUUUGUCUCAUGGCAAAUGAUGACACAGAUGAGAUUAGAGAUAUUUAUGAUGGUGGGGAUUAUCUGGUUUUGGUCACCAUUGAUCGGCAAAGUGCAUUUUAUAGGGUUCUUGCCUCUAUUCCAUUCAUAGUGGCACUUGAGCAAAAGGAAGUGACAAAAAAUGGUUAUCCAUUGAAUAUAAUUUCAUCUGAACUUGAUGAUCUAAGCUUCAGUGGAAAGGAAUGUGAAUUUCUUGCAACGCAGAUGUCAAAAUUGGAUUUGAAUGAUUAUGAUGAGAAAACAAACAUUGAAAUCAUCUUUUGGAAUGCCAUGGGCAUGCUUUCAGAUGACGAUAAGAAGCUACCUCAGGUAUCUAAUAUGCUACCACUCUUGAAACGUGGAAUAGGCGUGCAUCACUCCGGCUUGCUUCCCAUUCUAAAAGAAGUAAUAGAGAUAUUAUUUCAAGAAGGUCUGAUCAAGGUUAGGAUAACAAACUCAAUUUGAUACUUCAUAUUUUUCGGUUAUUCAUAUUUCCAAAUUUCAAAGAUUAGGUGUUGGCCUAUACAAUUCAAGAUGUAGUUUUUAAGUCACACUUGAAGAAUCUAAUAGAAUUUGGACAAAUACCUGGCUUAGCAGGUUCAUAUUUGGUUAGUUAAUUACCCCAUGUUAUUAAUUGGGAUCCUACUCUUACUGUGCAGGGUUGGAGAAGGAUAAUCCAUCAUUUAUUUCAUGUCUUGAACAGGUUAGUUGCUUAAGUAUUGCAUGCUUGAAUAUAGAAAAAGAUCUUUUGCCAUCGGAAGCCGGGGAGAAUGCACUGAAGAAGCUUUCAGAAGUUAUUUCUAGAUACCCUGAUGGGAUGCCUCUGCGUGAUGAAGACAUGAAUGUAGGUUACUUCAUUUAGUUUAUGGAUGUUAAUUCCUGGAGAGAAUGUAGGUUACUUCCCCGGCAGUCACUACGCUUCC